AUGCUGCUGUUGUGGGGGCCGCUGCUAUGCUGGGCACUGCUGCCCCAAGCCCAGGGGGAAGCCCACAGUAUCCUCUUCCUGAGGAUCAGCACCACUAAGCUGCAGACAAACAUUUCAGACCUGUUAGAGAAGCAUGAGGUCCUGGGCGGCCUGGUGAGGAUGCCGGUGCUGGGGGCCGCAGGCAAGGGCGUGCCGGUGCUGCACCGCCUGCCCUUCGUCAGUGACGACCUCUCUAACAAGAAAGGAGGACUGGACCUGUCACUGGUCAGUGAUCUGCUCUCCGGGAGGAAGUUCCCAGUGCUGGAGGAGCUGCUCCAGGCUGGCGGGCUUGUCAUUGAAGAUGCCCAAGGACCUGAGAUCACCCUGGACAUCCUCAGUGACAGCCUGCUGCAGGUCACCUUGCGCUGUAAACUGUACCUGUCACUCCAGGAGAUCCUGUGGCUCAAAAUCAUCAAGAACAUCCGCAUUGGGAUACGGCUAGAACAGGUAGGGAACAAGACCCAAGUGGCCCUUGAGGAAUGCCAUGUACCCCCUGGAUACCUGGAUAUCGAGAUUCUCCAACAGACAGACUCCCUGCUGCUGAACAAACUGCUGCAGUUGCUGUCCAACGUCCUGGACAAGUUCCUGCCCUACCUUCUCCAGAAAUUGGUGUGCCCCACAGUCACAACCCUGAUCAAGUUGCUGCUGGAAGACCUGCUACAUAUCUCUCUGCCACCCAUCAUUGAGGGCCCCAACGACUUCCAGUACUAUGUGACCAGCACAGAGUUCACAGAGGAGGCCAUCCUGAUGAGAGUCCUGCUGGUGACACCCUGUGGCCCAGACCAGCCAGCUCCACAGGCUGAACCUGCUCCGUCCGUGUCGCUCCCACAACUCUCCCAGGGCAGCAUGGCAGACCUGGUGUUCGGGCUGGAAGUCUAUAAUAACCUCCUGCGCUGCCUCUGCACCCGGACCCACGUGGCCCCCGUAGACUCUCUGAAUGAAAUAGCUGCCAACCUCAUGAAGCUGCUGUCAGUCAGGGAGCCUGGGCUCAAGGCUUCUAAUCAGUCCACAGAGAACUUGGACCUGGUCAUCCGUACCCAGGAUCCACCUGCAGUCCACCUUGAUGGCCGCAGGGCCACCGUGACCCAACAGGGCUCACUGCUUCUGCUGGGGCCCAACGCCACCUCCUCCAACUCAGUUUCCUGGCAACUCCUUUCAAAAGCUGUAUUUUCCUCCAAAGAUCAGAAGCUGGAGCUCCAGUUUAAUCCACACAGGGCCAAGGUCACCCUGGGAGCUUACCCGGCUGGCCUCAAGGAGCAGGAAGAAAGCCUGAAGGGCUUGCUCUUGACCUUGCUGAAGAGGAGCUUCCUGCCCCAGCACAACAAAUGGCUCAGAGAAUGUGGCCUCCCACUGCCGCACAUCAAGGGAGUCUCUUUUAGUCAAGCCCAGAUGGAGUUCUCCCAGGUGUACAUGCUGCUGACUGUCCCCGAGUAGCUGGCUCCGACCAACGGCUCGUCCCUGG